AUGGUUGAAUUAGACAGGCCUGUAUCUACACUCCCACAUCCUGCCUUAAGGAAGGGACUCUCUCCUCGUGUUACUUCUACAGAGAUUGAAGCUUUUACAGAUGGAUCCAAGUCAACGGACGGCACGGCAAGUGCCUUUGUGAUCUUUCAGGCCGGUGAGGAGGUAUACAAUGAUUCCUUUGCUCUACACCCGGAAUGCUCUGUCUUCCAAGCUGAGAUCUUCGCUGUAUUGAUGGCAAUCAACUGGUGCAACUCUAACAUUGUGAACAAACUGAUAAACAUCUUCACAGACAGUGCUGCGACUGUUGCUGUUUUGGGGAAUAAGGAUAAUACUCACCCUGUUGCGAACGACAUCUUCGCUGCAGCUUCUACGUCUCUUAACAAGUAUGCCAUCAAUUGGAUCAAAGGACACAGCGGCAUUCCAGGUAAUGAAAGGGCUGACUUUCUGGCGCGAAACGUAACGACUAAUCCUGAUACUCCUCCCGCCUACAAUCUCAUUCCUAAGUCAAGACUAAAAUACCUUCUCUGGGACAAUGCUUUGGAAACCUGGCAAAUGGAUUGGGACGAGAUCCCACAACAACAUAUAACAAGACGUUUUAUCCCAAAGGUGAAGGAACGUGUUCACAGCAAAUGGAUUCAGCCCACACAUGAUUUAGCCCAAUUUUUGACAGAACACGGGCGCUUUCGUGUUUACCUGAAAAGGUUUCACCACUCUAAUUCUGACUGCUGUCAGCUGUGUGGGGUGCGGGACGGUGUCAUGCACUAUUUAUACAACUGCCCUAUGCUGGAUGACAUCAGGUAUCAGUGCAUGCAGCAUGCCAAUAGGAACAAUAUUGACUGGCCAGUAAAGCCUGAUUUUUUCUUAAAAAACAACAGCAACUUUAACUUGUUAAAGGAAUUUGUUUCACUCUACUCUAUUAGAUGUGGGAUCCGUUGA